AUGAUGUACUGGUCUUUCUUUCUUUCUUUGGUUCUUUCUUUCGUUCUUUCUUUCUUUGGUGCUUUUUUCUUCCCUUUCUUUCUAUCUGUGAGGUAUUGUCUGGGCCUUUCUUUUCUCUUUCUUUUCUAUGUAGUAUUGGCUGGACGUUCCUUCCUUCCUUCCUUCUUUGUUGCAUUUUUCUUUCUUUCUGUGAGUAUUGGCUGGACGUUCCUUCCUUCCUUCCUUCUUUUUGUUGCAUUUUUCUUUCUUUCUGUGAGGUAUUGGCAGGGCUUUUCUUUUCUCUUUCUUUUCUAUGUAGUAUUGGCUGGACGUUCCUUCCUUCCUUCCUUCUUUGUUGCAUUUUUCUUUCUUUCUGUGAGGUAUUGGCAGGGCUUUUCUUUUCUCUUUCUUUUCUAUGUAGUAUUGGCUGGACGUUCCUUCCUUCCUUCCUUCCUUCUUUGUUGCAUUUUUCUUUCUUUCUGUGAGGUAUUGGCAGGGCUUUUCUUUUCUCUUUCUUUUCUAUGUAGUAUUGGCUGGACGUUCCUUCCUUCCUUCCUUCUUUGUUGCAUUUUUCUUUCUUUCUGUGAGGUAUUGGCAGGGCUUUUCUUUUCUCUUUCUUUUCUAUCUAGUAUUGGCUGGACGUUCCUUCCUUCCUUCCUUCUUUGUUGCAUUUUCUUUCUUUCUGUGAGGUAUUGGCAGGGGACGUUUCUUUUUCUUUUCUUUUCUUUUCUAUCUAGUAUUGGCUGGACGUUCCUUCCUUCCUUCCUUCUUUGUUGCAUUUUUCUUUCUUUCUGUGAGGUAUUGGCAGGGCUUUUCUUUUCUCUUUCUUUUCUAUCUAGUAUUGGUUGGACGUUCCUUCCUUCCUUCCUUCCUUCCUUCCUUCCUUCCUUCCUUCCUUUGUUUUUUUCAUGA